GGGAAAAAACGCCGUAUCUCAAUUGACGGCUAAUAUAAGAACAACCGAAGACUUCUUUUAACAAUUUUUACAAAAGAAUUUCCAUUAAAAUACAAGCGUAGCUUUAUUGCAUUUGCUUUACAAUAAAAUAAAAAGGAGAAUAAAAAUAAAAAUUAACGCUUGACUAAAGCAGUACGCUUUUUCUACAAUUUGUCACGUUUAAUCUGUAGUGUUGAAAAAAAGCAAAUAUGUCGCAUACCAUUCUAUUGGUGCAGCCGGGCAACAGACCUGAAACGCGAACAUAUAGCGAUUAUGAUAGUGUCAACGAAUGCAUGGAAGGUGUUUGCCGUAUCUACGAGGAGCAUUUAAAGCGUAUUAAUCCAAACACACCCACCAUUACGUAUGAUAUCAGUCAGCUCUUUGAUUUCCUUGACCAAUUGGCUGACAUUAGUUGCUUGGUUUAUCAAAAAUCGACAAACACUUACGCUCCCUAUAAUAAAGAAUGGAUUAAAGAAAAAAUUUAUGUACUGCUAAAACAAGCAGCUGGUAAUACAGACUGAUGUAGUAGUUUAAGUAAAAGAAAUCAAUUUUAAUAUACGCUAUCAUAACAAAAUCCCAUCUAAAGAAACGAAUUCAUCAAUACGUAAAGUUUGAAAAAACUAAACCGAAAUUAAUGAAAUGUUAUCAAAAAUCAAAUACUUUGGAUGAAUCUGGAGUGUGUUUAUAUUAUUAUUAAUAUAUAUUUCAUUGCUUUUUGUUAAUAAUGAAUUUCCACGCAACAAAAUAUAGAACUUAUGUACUUUAGUUGUUUUUCAUACUUUUUCAGCUAUUUACAAAAAUAUGUAAAACACAAUCUAACUUUUACACUUUUGACGAA